UCGCCAGUUUGCCACCAUUAAACCCAUUCACCCCUUUCCUAAGCCCUCCCCGCUCCCACCCGACCCCCAUGUCCCCCAGGAAGGACGCCGGCCCCUCGCCGGCGGCGGCGCCCGCCACCGCGCCUGCCUUAACGCCUUCCCCAUUCAUGCCCAUGUGUCAGAUGCGGCGGGAUGAGUGCGCAGACCUCCUCAAGCUGAUCUCAGGCGUCUCGCGCCCGCUCGAGGACGUCGUGGCGGAUUUCCUCGCCCGCGUCCCGCCCGAGCGCCGCCUCCGCUUCGGUUCCGCCAUCAAGUUUCUCCUCGAGGACAAGGUGAUGUUUCAACCAGCUGAGCGUUUAAUUGCAUUUGCAAUUCUUCAUCAAGGGUAUUCCUCACAGCUGACAAAUCCGUUUGUUCCAUUCUUAAUAAAUGUUGCCUGUGAUGAAAUUUCUGAGAGACCAGAACGUGUUUUUCUCCAGCUUUUGCUAACUUCAGCUAAUGAGGACAACAAUAAGGAGAUCUUGAAACAGUCUGCAGAAGAUUACUUGAAGGAGCCUUCUUAUGCAUCUCAGGUGUUGCUGCCAAAAGACCGUCUUGAAAGCCAAUACUCCUGCAAUGAUGUUCAGCUACAGACAUACACCAGUUGCGCAGCUGCUACGGUUAGAAGUGCUAUUCCUGACCCAGAUGUUUCCCAAAGCUGUGGUGAUUCAUCAGGAAUAUCACCGACCAAACUAAAUAGAGAUAAUGUGGUGACGAAUUUACUUCAACAAACACCACUGAGAGGAUUGUCUCCUCCAUGGAUUAGGCCCUCUCCCCCCAGACUUGAAAUACUUGAAGGGGAGUUGCAGUGGUUGAACCUGGACAACAACCAUGAGCUACUAUGGGAUAGUAGCAUGUGUGCUGACACUAGCCGAGGAGCUUCAAUCCGUGAUUUGGUCGGAAGAGCCUGUAAAGGACCACUUGCCCCUGCCCAACAAGAGCAAGUUGUUUUAGACUUAGCCAGGGACUGGAAGCUAGUUUAUCAUUGCGGAAUGACACCAGAGAAGCUUCCCGACCUUGUUGAACAUAAUCCACUCAUUGCUGUUGAUGUUCUUUCAAAGCUGAUCAAUUGUCCUGACAUGGAUUCUUAUUUCAAUGUUCUUGUGCACAUGGAAAUGAGCCUGCAUUCAAUGGAAGUUGUAAACAGGCUUACUACAGCAGUAGAUCUACCACCAGGAUUCAUUCAUGACUACAUCUCAAAUUGUAUUCGGUCAUGCCAAAAUAUCAAGGAUAAGUACAUGCAAAACAGACUUGUGAGACUAGUUUGUGUUUUUCUACAGAGUCUCAUUCGGAACAAGAUAAUAAAUGUUGAAGAUCUAUUCAUUGAGGUACAAGCCUUCUGCAUUGCGUUUUCUCGAAUAAGAGAAGCAGCUGGUUUGUUCAGGCUUCUCAAAUCUCUAGAGUGAAGAAGGUUGUAUGAGUUACCGGAGUUCAGCUCUAUAAACAAAAAAUUUCAUGCUGUACAUUCAUAGUCUUAUAUUUUCGUGUUGAUCUGCCAAUUCAGGGCUGUACUUCAUAGAUCAUAGCCCUUGUUGAUGUAUUUAUUGUCAUUAAGCUGUUCCCCUCACCUAAAGAAAGGUCAAGAGAUAUCAGAACCAUUACCCAGGCUUUGAUAGUUCCGCCAAAUCAUUUUGAUGUGGACUUAAACCACAUGUUCUUCAGCUGAGACAAAUUAGCAAUUACCUUUAGCCUGUUGAAAGAUAGCUGAACAAUGGGCGCCUGCUUCUCGGUUCAGGCUCCCGAGUACCAGUAAUUUGAGAGAUUUCUUAAUUUAAAUUCAGAUGUAAAGACUAGUUGUACUCA